AUGGGUGUGGUCACUAAUGUGACGUGGUUUGUGUUGAAGAUCAGGGAUCACCCCAUCGGUCGAGGAAAAUACUUGCCUGGCUACAUUGUGGACAAUAUGGGAAUUGAACCUCUGGAAAGCGAUGCGAGUACAGGCAAACCCCAUGAACAUCAUCUUUGUUUUUUCCGCUGUCUGACCCUCCACAAUGGUUGUCAGAAGAAGAAUUUAGAAAAAGACACGAAGUAUUAUUAUCAACAGUACCGAGACGCGGGGUUAGGAAAAAAGAAGUUCCAUGGAGUCAAGUUGACCGAACUAGACGACCUAGAAAAAUUGUAUGAAGUGAAUAUUCAAGUGUACAUUCUCGCGCCUACCCAGAACCGCAGUGAAGACGAAGAAAAUUAAGAAAAUUCUCCCGAGAUUGCCGCUACACUGAUCCGCCGCUCACGUCGCCGUUAUUCAAGCACACUCUACUUGAACUUGUACGAAAACCAUUUUUCGUAUAUUAAAGAUCUCACCCGGUACAGUAAAUCCUUUUGCUGGUCUCCCUGCGGCAAGUACUGGAAAGAUAUGUGGAAAUGUCAGCGUCAUGAGAAAACCUGUGACGGCAAAGUCCAGCUCAAGUACCCUGGUGGAGCAUAUCACAUCCCUAAAAUUAUCUUUGAAGAAUUAGAAGACGAAGGUAUUGUCGUACCAGACGAAUGGCGGUACUUCCCUUACCGCGCCACCUUUGAUUUUGAAUGUUACUUUGAUAAAGAGAAAGCGCAAGAAUUAAAGAACACUGAAAAGUUAACCUGGCAAUCCGCCCAUGUGCCCUUAAGUGUGAGUGUAUGCAGUAACGUGCCUGGUUACCAAGCACCCAAAUGUUUCGUGUUAGAGGGAGAUUCAGACCUACUUCUUGAAGCGUUUGUGCAGUACCUCACCAAGAUUAGCACCAAAAGUUCAUCCCUGCUACGCCAAAGGUACGCAGAAGUAUUUGAAGCUCUUGAAACCGCAAGAGGCCCGAAUAACAGUGAAUCCCACGAAGACUGAUUAGCGCAAAUACUCGUAGACAUCCAGGAAGGAAAUGUAGAGUCUGGCGAAGAUGAAAAUAGUGAAGAAGAGAGAGAAGAUGACAGCAGAGGGAUUGAUUUGCGGGCAAGCGAUGACAAAGAAGAUGAAAAAGGGAUUGAGGCUGAGAAUGAAGAAGAUCGUGCAUUCAUUGACGAUGAGUCGAUCGAUGAAAACGACCCCUCCUUUUACCAAAGAUUGAACGUUGAAGUGGACAGAGAAAGAAGACAGCAACUGAGACAGAUGCGGGACCAGCUAGAAGAGUUACAAGAUAUUGUAGGUGGUUCAGAGGACGUCAGUGACCACAAAGUCCUCAGUCAACUAGAGGAGAAACUGAACGCCUAUAUACAACAACUGCCAGUGUUGGGUUUCAAUUCCGGAAUGUACGACCUGAAUGCUUCCAAAGAAUUCCUGUUCCCGUACCUCAUGAAGCAUCAGCCCAUCAAGUUUACUGUGAAAAGGAAUAAUAACAAUAUGUGUAUCAAGACAGACUCUUUAAAGUUUCGCGACAUCUCUAAUUAUUUCGCCCCAGGUUUCAGCUACGAUCAGUUCCCUGAAAGCGUACGAGUGCGAACAGACCAAGGGAUUUUUCCCAUAUCAGUGGCUAGACAAGUUGGACAAGCUAGAAGAAACAUCGCUGCCCCCACACGCUGCCUUCUACUCAAGUCUGAUGAACGCUAA